GUCGCCUAUUACCGCAUAAUCGCAGCUACGAUUUCGCAGUGUGAUCAUCGCUUUGUUCGCGUUCCAACGCCGUAAGUCACUUACUUAAGAAAAAAGAAAACAAUCAAAAAAAGAACGCACGUAACUCGCGAAACGCCGUCGAGCUCAUCACGAGAUUUGCAGCUGAUGCGCGCAAUCACUUUGGCUGACCCGGACGUAUCGCUAUGGAAAGAGAAAAUGGGGGAAAUUUCAAUGGAAAAGUAAGAUGCGCGGCAGCUGAUCGCCGAAAGAAUCGCAAAGGUCAUCGGUGGAUUUUCGGGGGAAAGGCAACAAGUGCGUUAAACCAUCUUUACUACGAUGAAUAACGAAUAAUGCGUUCUUGACGCACGAGAAGCUCGUUACGCAUGUAUCUGAUCGCAAACAACGUCUGUUUUUCACUUGCGGGUCAGAGGACUCCGUAACGGAGUUUUGCCAUCUGAAAUCUGCCGGCCAUUUCGGUGAGGACAGUGAGGCGAAUUCAAAAAGCAGCCGCUACUCUCGCAGUGGCCUCGUUACUUCCCGGUGCAACGAUAAGGCGCCCGCUCGUUGACGGGCAAAUUGCCGAACGUCGACGACGAUGUCACAUGAGCUACGAGUAACGCAUGCGUUGACACGUGAACGCGUGGAUUGCUACGAGGCAACGAGGCGUGCACAGUUGUGUAAGUGAUCGGUGCGGUGAACAGGUAGAGGGAUCAUAAUGCAUAUUGUGGAUCACGAUCGAGUUUUCCUUGUUUCCUCGAGUCCGUUACCGAACCUCUUCGCUGCACGUCCGGAGAAGCGCGCUUCGUCCUUUGAACGGUGGGAAAUAGUGUGGCAUUAAAUUCUUUUUCCUUUUUUUCUAAUUAAAGCAUAGAUCGAAGCCAAAGAAAAAAGAGAGAGAGAGAGAGAGACAGAUAGACAGAGAAAAACUUGGUAUUUCGUGGAGACCACACAGUGUGAAGAAUGUCCCGCGUGUCGUCUCAUAAUUAUGGUGAACUCUAUCCGUUACCUCCGCCGGAUACUUGAAUUUCCUCAUAAUUUCCAAGCGCCGCUUCUGCGAAAGGGGGACACGCGACGGUAUCCCGACGAUGUCGUGAUGUAAGAACUUGACUUAGAGUCUCGAUCAAUUGACUGGUUAAUUUCGCUGAACAGAGUCUGAGACACAACGCGGGAUACAAAACUCGCCCGACUCAUGAGAGACUUGAGAGAACGCGAGCUUUGACCGCUCUCACUGAUCGACAUUGCUUCCUGCAAGAUUGGGAGGACCUUGGAAGGAUCAGCGAUUGAUAACAAUGACCGAAGUUAAUUUCAUUAAGAGAACCAUCAAGAAGAGGGUUCCCGCUUUGAGGUGGUUGUCGCGGUACAAGGCGGCAGACGCAUUGGGUGACCUCGUUGCGGGCCUCACCGUGGGACUGACCUUGAUACCUCAAGCAAUCGCCUACGCUGGAUUGGCAGGCUUGGACCCGCAAUAUGGACUUUACAGCGCGUUCGCCGGGAGCUUCGUCUACAUCGUCUUCGGGACGUGUCGGGAGGUGAACAUCGGCCCGACCGCGCUCAUAUCACUGCUGACUUGGACGUAUGCGAGAGGGAUUCCCGAGUAUGCGGCCUUGCUGUGCUUCUUGUCGGGAUGCGUGACUAUUUUGCUCGGCAUCCUGCACCUGGGAUUCCUGGUGGAGUUCGUGUCGAUACCGGUGGUGUCCGGGUUCACGUCAGCCGCGAGUCUCAUCAUCGCCUGCAGCCAGAUCAAGGGCCUGCUAGGCCUCAAUAUUCACGGCGAGAGCUUCGUCGACAUAUGGCGCGAGCUGGUCAACAACAUCACCGACACUAAGAUACCGGACUUGAUCUUGUCUUGUUGUUGCAUUCCGACUCUGUUGUUUUUGAAGCAUUUGAAGGACAAAAGAGUCGCCGGUGUCAAGCUAAAGAGGUUCCUCUGGACGAUCGGUACAGCCAGGAACGCGCUCGUGGUCAUCCUCUGCACGGUCGCGUCCUACAUCUUCGAGACGCGCGGCGGUGCGCCGUUCAUUCUCACGGGUCACAUCGACGCUGGUCUCCCGAGGGUCGAGCCACCUCCGUUUUGGCGGACGGUCGGCAAUCAAACCGAGAACUUCAUCGAUAUGGCCACGAACUUGAGGACCGGCAUCUUGGUGGUGCCACUGAUCUCGAUUAUCGGGAACGUCGCCAUCGCGAAAGCCUUCUCGCGAGGCAUGCCCUUGGACGCCACGCAGGAGAUGCUGACCCUCGGCCUCUGUAACGUGGUGGGUUCGUUCUUCCAUUCGAUGCCCGUCACUGGCUCCUUCUCCAGGAGCGCGGUGAACAAUGCUUCCGGCGUGCGGACUCCUUUCGGCGGCGUCUACACCGGUGUUCUAGUCGUACUCGCGCUAACUUUAUUGACUCCGUAUUUUUAUUACAUCCCGAAGGCGACGCUAAGCUCCGUCAUAAUCAGCGCGGUGAUAUUCAUGGUGGAGGUCGGCAUGAUAAUUCCGCUCUGGAAGUGCAAUAAACGUGAUUUAAUACCAGCGUUCGUUACAUUCCUCGCUUGCCUGUUCGCCGGUGUCGAGCUGGGUAUCGUAAUAGGUGCAACGAUUGAUCUCGCUAUACUGAUAUAUCUCAAUGCACGACCGGCGAUAUAUAUCGAAUACAGAAACACUGCGACUGCGAGUUACGUCUUGGUGCGUCCCAGCGCCGGACUUUUGUUCCCGGCGGUAGAUUACUUGAGAAUAUAUCUGACGGAGGUCUUGUCGAAGAAAUAUCAGAGCUCUUUGAAAAAUUCCAGAGUUUUGACGAACGUCGUGCUGGAUUGCGAGCAUAUCGACAAGAUAGACUUUACCGCUGCACAGGGUAUCAGCAUGAUUAUGAAAGAUUUUGACGAUAACAAUCGCCAGUUAAUAAUGCUGCGUCCAAAUGCUGACGUGUUAAAAAGUGUACAAUCGAUGUCAAGCAAGCCGAUCUUAACGGUAAAAAGUGACGUCGAUCUGAUCGCCAUUUUGAACGAUUUAAAAGGUGCAGAGCGAGUGGCUCGAGAUUCGAAGAGUCUUGUCGAAGUAAACACGUCGAACUGUAAGAUCGUCACUGACGCGAUGGAUGAGCUUACCACUACGAAAUUAUGAUACACCUGGGACAAAAGAAUCUAUAGUAUAACAAUCAGACAUAAUGAAAAGUAUUUGUUGUAUUUAUUUUUAUAAAAAUCUUCAAUCGACAAAAAUAAACUGUAUCAUCUUCGUUAACGAUACAGUUUGAACCAUAAUAAGAUAGAAAAAUAGAAUUUAUAUAGAAUACAAUUUUCUGUGUGUGAAACAUUUUAUCUUAAAAUUACAAAAAAUCGAACAAGAAAAUCUUACAUGCUCUAUACCCGUUGGACAGUAUCUUUCGCAAUGACAUCUUAAUAUAACGGUCGCACAUACUCUAGUAUA